UUGUCAGGAACUGACAGUACCUAAAAAACAUUUAAAUUGUAAAUUUUGUCUCUUUUAAUUUAUUUUUACUUGCACAAAAUAAUAAAAUACUUGAACAAUUCUGAAAAUAAAUAAAAUUUAAAAAAUACUAAUUUUUAAAAAUUAAUAAAAAAUGGAUGAUGAAGACUACAAUAACGAUGAUGUCGGUGGUGAUGAUUUCGAUGAUGUAGAUGAAGAUGAUAAUAUCGAUGAUAUAAAUCAGGAAGAGGAGGUGGAUAAUAUAGAACUUAUUGCACCCGGACAAGCUGGAGGUGGUGUACCAAAAUCAAAAAGGAUUACAACUAAAUACAUGACAAAAUAUGAACGGGCACGUGUACUUGGUACACGAGCACUUCAAAUAGCAAUGUGCGCUCCUAUUAUGGUAGAAUUAGAAGGUGAAACAGAUCCACUACAAAUAGCAAUGAAAGAAUUAAAACAAAAGAAAAUUCCUAUAAUUAUUAGACGAUACUUGCCAGAUCAUUCAUUUGAAGAUUGGAGCAUUGAUGAAUUAAUAAUUGUCGACCAUUAAAAUACAUUAGAUUUAAAAAAAAAAUUUAAAUAUAUUCAAUAAAAUUUAUAUAUUAUGUA